AUGGUCACUCCACAAGUAUACAAGUAUAAGUGUUUCUGGGGUGUGGAGGUUGUUGUAGAUGAUGAUGGUGAUGGUGGUGGUGAGGUUAAAGGAGGAGAAGUUCCAAGGUUUGAAUUUAGAGUGACCCAUGAAGCUAAACUUAAAGAACUAUUGCAUAAGAUUAGUUCUCUUGAAAUUAAGUUAUGCUCCGAUGGUGUAAAAGAGUUCAUUAGGUUGCUAAAGGGUAAUACUGGAGGUGAAUUGCUCCAUUUGUAUGUGCGGAGUUUGCGUAAUUGCUCGGAGCUUCUAGAUGCUUGGAAGCUUCGACGAGGGAAGCCUGGACUGUCCUAUAUAAUUAAACUGAUUUCUGCUAUCCUUGGUCAUCCUGAUGGGGUGUAUGAUCCCAAGGAUGGGGAGAGAAUAGCUAUUAGUAAGGUUCUCAACAAGUUUGCAAGAUUGCUUGUUGAAGAAUACAUGGUAGAACUUCAGAAGGAACUAGAUAGUAAAGAGGCUAAGUGCCAAAAUGCAGCACUUUUGCUACUGGCUUCGAUUGUUAGGCGUCAGUCGGGAUUGGCUUCUGAGGUGGCAAAGAAAUUUGAUUUUAAAUCUAAGACAUUUUGCAGGCUAGCAGAAUAUAAAAAGAACCAAAAGGAGAAGAGGGUGAUAAAGCAUUCGACGAGGAAGGCAUUUGUUGGCUUUGCAAUGUCGUUUUUGGAGGUGGGGCGGCCAGGAUUGUUGAGGUGGGUGCUGCAGCAGAGGGAAAUGUAUUCUGGUGUCCUUCGUGGGCUUGGGAAUGAUGAUGAUGAAACUAUUAUUUAUGUUUUGUCUACAUUACGGGAUAGGGUUCUUGUGGAAGAGUCCUUGGUGCCCCCAGGUCUUCGAAGUGUUCUCUUUGGGAGUGUUACUUUGGAACAGUUGGUUAGCAUUUCUGGAAGAGGGAAUGAUGAGUCUGCUGCAGAGUUGGCAUACCAUACACUGGUCCUUGUUUGCACUGAUCCUUGUAAUGGUUUGAUGCCAGAUUUGAAAAGAAGCCCAAGUCCAUUGAGGGGUAAUCCGAAGCGACUUGUUGGACUCAUGAAGAGGCUAAAAGCAACUGAGGUUAGCUAUCACAGAGACUUGCUUUUGGCUAUUGUUAGUGGGAGUCCCUUUUUUGGUUCAGCCUACAUGGAAGAGUUCCCCUACAACCUGGAAGAUUUUUCAUCAUCAACCUGAGUAUCAUGAAAUGUCUGUGUCCUCGUCCGUUCAGCCAGUCAGUAGUUAACAAGGGAUUGCUUCACUCUGAUUUUCUUGUGAAGCAUGGAACUCUAAGGCUUCUUUUGGAGGCAUUGAAGUUGCUGGACUCCUUCAUUAGUGCUUUGAAUCAUAGUUCUUAUUCUAGUGAUCAAAUGAUGCAGGGUCGGGCAUCUCUCAAGCAAGAAAUUCAGAAUGAAGUCCGAACUUCUCUCCCUGAUCCCCAAGUUCUACUGACGCUUCUUUCUUCUUUGACUUGCCACCCCAAGACUCGUGAAUCAAGUUUUUAGAGAACAGCAGAUUUUGAAAAAUUACCUGAACAUAGCAAUAAUAAUAUAAAAAAGUUGAAAUGGAAUGAUGAGAACGAGGACAUGGAUAUUGUUGUUGAUGAGAACAAGGACAUGGAUAUUUUUGUAAGUGGCAUAAUUCUGAUCUAGAUUUUGUUCUGCUGACAAUGAAAGAGAUGUUGGUUCACUUGAAAUAGAUGAGACUGACAAUGGCAAGGAUCUUAUCAGUGUUAUCUCUGAAAUUUGGGGUUUAGACCAAUGCUCUGAGCCUUUUAUCACACCAAAGGGUGUAGAGAUGUUCUUCCAAUCUAAACUACCUGAUACUCUCAAAAUU